AUGGAAGCUAAACUAAGUGGUAGGAAGCGCAAAUGGCUUCGCGAGAAGCUGCACAAAGGAAGGGGCAAGAAUGGCUACGACCGAGACGUUUCUUCCAGCCGGAAUGCUUCUAAGGUUUCGGUGAUAGUCGACGUCCAAAGCGCCCCAGAAGCCUCUUCGAAACAAGACACCGAGCCUCCCUCGACGCUGUUCAAGACCACGGAUGAACAUAUGGACCAACCGACUGUCACUGAUAUUUCCAGCGAGCUAUGGACACGGGCAUACGACAGAUUGAAGUCAGGCGAGGAAACCGCUACGCUGGUCGAGGCAUACGAAGGCGUGCUGUUUGGGAUUAUCCGAAAUGACACGGAUCUUGAUGACAGUGAAGAAGGCAAGGAGAAAGACAGCGUGAGCAUCAGCACCACAACACCGAACGACGCAGAAAAGAUCAACAAUCCGCUCCAAACUAGCGGCGGCUCCGGCCGCAUCGAUAUUAUGGAACAAGCCACCAGAGUCGCGCUUGCACGUGCGAAGAAGCACAAGUCUGUUCACGAAGCGGUCAAGGACACAGCUGAAUUUAUUAAAGAAAUUGAGAGCACGGUGUCGAGUAUGCUCACGGCCUACCCGCCGGCUGCCAUGGCAUGGUCUGGCAUCUGUAUGAUCCUGCCUAUCCUUGCCAGUCCCUCAGUGCAGCGGCUGGAGAUGUGUGUCGGGCUCGAACACGUUAUGGACAAGCUGGAGUGGUAUAUGGCACUUGCGCGAGUGGCGUUCCGCAGCAACUGGAAUGCAGACCCAGCCUCAGCCCAGAUGCUGGAGCUGACCAAAAACAAGGUCGUAGAGCUGUACGCAGCCCUACUGGAGUACGAGAUGCAGUGCGUGUGCGAGUGUUUCAAAACGAGCCGCUUCGUCAGGAGCAUGCGCGUGUUGCUCACCAUCGACGACUGGAAGGAGCGAAUUCAGACGGUCAAAGACAAAGAAACCGAAAUCAAAGACCAGCUGAAGCAGCACAAAAUGGUCCAGAACACCGACACACUCGACCACAUCAGCAAAGACACGUCCAAGUACGAUGCGUGGCUGAAUAGUGUUCCAGACCGCAUCGAGGGCACGUACGCCGGCUGUGGCAAGUCGGUCCUUUCGCGCUACCUCGUGAAGACGGUGUUGCCUGACCGCUUACUUGAGAGCGGCGACAAUGCCGUGAUCGCAUACUUUUUCUUCAGCGAAGGCGCAGAGACCAGUCUUGCGCGCGCUUUGUGCGCCAUCGUCCACCAGCUGCUCUGCAGCUGCGAAAAACUUGUUGAUCUAGUGGAGGGAGACAUCUCGAAAGCUGGCGAGGCUCUGAUUGGAAACUGGUCCCGGCUCUGGGACAUUUUCCAGAAGUAUGUACGAACCUUGAUCGGCAACUUUCAGACAUUGGUGGAGUCCCUUUCGACGAACAAGAAGGGCUCCCUGAAAGUCGUCAUGACUACCCGCGGCUACCCUGGAAUUGUCGAAAGGUUUCGGUUUCGGCAGGAUUCUAGUAGCAUCCGGCUCGCAGGCGAGAACAGCGAGGAGAUUGCUCAGAUCCAAGACGAGAUUGCCAUCGUCAUAAAUCACAAGCUAGACAAGCUGGCCGAAGCAAAAAAUCUAAAAACAGAGCGGGUAAAUAAGCUGCGCAGCCUUCUUGCCAAUCAAGGCGGCAAUCAGAGGACGUACCUUUGGGUGCACCUCAUCUUUGCCGUUUUGGAAAAUAACAACCGCAACGUGGAAACUGAGUGGGCACGGCGAAUCAACACUCUUCCCGACACUGUCAAUGAAGCCUACGAGAAGCUGCUUGGUGCCAUUCCGGAUGACGAUCGCGCCAGAGUCAGAAAUCUUUUACAUCUCAUGUUUGUUGCGUAUAUACCGCUUACUCUCGUCGAUGCCGCAGUCCUUAUGAAUGCUCGGGAAACAUAUGAAGCGUCUACGGAUAAUCCUGAGCAAGAAAUCGGCGUGCUUGAGGUCGAAUCUGCGGACAGCUUCUGCGGAUGGGUCUUGUCGACAUGCCACUGCUUCGUCACAGUGUACGGGAAUACGCUGUAA